AGGCCUCUUCACAAGUCGGCCCCUCAGGAACCUGCAGCCAGCCGAUGCGGGUUCCUUCCUGACACGAAAACAGCGUCGGAUCUUCGCGAAGGAAGCCUUGCACGCUCUCCAUCAUGGGCCUCGACGCGCGGCGCCGCCUCACCCAGUUCCUGGUGCUUCACGGGCCCUUCAUUCGCCUCGGUCUCCGCCUGCGCUCUCGACGAGCGUGCUGCCCUUCCUGGCGGUGGCUGCUCGGACUGUCAUCUCUGGGGGCAAGGGCGUCCCGUGGAACCCCUUCGAGCGAGGAUCUCGGACUGUGAAGGACUGGAGCCAAAUGUCGUACGACUGCAAGCGAGGCUGGGUGGACGACCCCGUCACCUUCAGUCAGGACCCCAACUACCCGAGGAUUCGUGAUUGGGUGAACGACCACAUCUACUUCAAUUUCUUUGACGGGACGACGGUGUACGACAACCAGGACUCCACGAAGGGAACCGUCGCCCGCGGACCUCACAAGGACGAGGCGUCCAUGUUCUCUCGGGUCCAAGAGAGGGCGGUGCGGUUCCUCAACGGGAAGUACCCAGAGAGGUAUUCUGCAGGAGACUGCGCCUCCAUCAGGUACCGCACACUGCCCACGACGGGCAUCGAGGUAGACGUGACAUGCAGAGACAAGCGCACGGGCGACCUCGACCGGGUGUCGCUGCUGGCGCCCCUGGAGUCGCCGCGGGUUCUCUACCACCACCCUGUGGCGGGAAGCAGACCUAUCAACAUCAUCAUGCCGCUCAAGGGCCGCCCUGAUAACCUCCAGAUCUUUAUGCAGAACCUGGUCAACAUCCUGUCGAAGGACAACCGCCUCUCCGUCGGCCUCACGGUCGUCUACUUCAGAGACGACGCCCAGCAGGAGUGUCAGCGCAUCCUUCAAGAAGCCGAGAAAUCGCUUCCGAAUCUCAAAACAGAGUUCAUCCUCCAGGAGGGACCGUUCUCUCGAGGGCGCGGGCUCCAGGUGGGCGUGGAAAAGACGACGCUGAGGGCGGAAGUCGUCUUCUUCUGCGAUGUCGAUGUUCUUUUCACGAAGGAGUUCCUGACGAGGUGUCAGUCGACGCCCGUGGAGGGAUACCAGGUGUUCAUCCCCAUGGUGUUCUCGUUGUACAACCCCGAGUUCACGUACCCUCUGCACAAGCACCGGAUUCCACCGCCUCUUCAUCAGCUGGAGGUCAAGGAUAAUAACGGCUACUGGCGGGUGUGGGGUCACGGCAUGGUCUGCAUCUACAAGUCGGAUUUCUUCAAGAUUGGCGGCUUCGACACGGCCAAGUCGGGCUGGGGCGGCGAGGACCUCGACCUUGUUAAGAAGACCGUCCGGGCAGGGAAGCACAAGAUCAUAAGGUCCCUGGAGCCCGGCCUGUUCCACCGCUACCACAGCAAGGAAUGCGACGACGCGCGGCAGCUCGUGGCCUGCAUUAAGGCCAAGGCGCUCAACGAAGCCUCCAAGCUGUCUUUUGGGCUGUGGUUCUUCAAGCAAAAGCACAACGUGUCCGUGUACGGCUUCCUGGCGGAGGGGAACGAGCCGCACGACCACGACGACUACAGCGACGCGAGGCCCGAGGAGGCGCCACUGAACGUCCGUGAACUUGUUAGAGACAAAAUCAAGAACGAGUUCGGAGGACUUGCGGAGAUGCUGCUGCUGCUCGUCCUACUGUCCUUAGUGCUGGUGGACAUGUUCUUCAUGUACUCUAACUACAAGCUGGAGAGAAAAAAAUCUUGAGUCCACGCCAGGUGGACUCUCUCGCACGUUACAGCCUCCGUCUGUUGUUGGAGGUGGGGCAGGCGUCGCGUUGCACCUGCUGUGCGAUUUCCAAUACUAAUUCAUAACAAAUAGAAAUGUUUCGGUGA